AUGGUCAAAACCACGCCGAAGGUUAUUCCGGCCCGAAAAAUUAACCACGUUCAACUUUUUAUUAACCACGUUCAACUGGAGAGCUUUGAGAACAUUUACCUCGACUUAUCGAAACAUCCAGGCAAAUGUAAGCUUGCAGAGAGCGGCCUUGGUUGGCGACCAUCGGGAGGCGGUGACACGUUCACUCUUGAUAGCAGCAACAUUGGCGCAGCGCAAUGGAGUCGGGCUGCCAAGGCAAGGCCUUUUAAGAUCUGGUAUGGCAUCAACCUCGAAAACCGUGAACAUGCACUUCGAGGAUGGAACUGGGGAAAAGCCGAAUUCACAAAAGCAGAACUCGCAUUCAAUGUCCAGAACCGGCCGGCAUUCGAAAUCCCUUACUCAGAAAUCUCAAAUACAAACCUUGCGGGCAAGAACGAGGUUGCGGUCGAGUUUUCGCUUCCUGCCGAUGGGGUUUCCGGAACCAAUGGACAGUCAGAGGGCAGCACUAAAAACAGAGGCAGGAAAGCAGGUGCUGGUCGUGAUGAACUGGUAGAGAUGAGAUUUUACAUUCCCGGCACAGCUCUGAAGAAGGAGAAGCCGGAGGGAGAAGAGGACGAAAAUGGUGUUGACGGUGAAGAAGCUGAGGAACAAAAUGCAGCAAACUUGUUUUAUGAGACUCUAAUGGAUAAAGCCGAGAUUGGAGAUGUCGCUGGUGAUACUUUUGCUACCUUCCUAGAUGUGCUACAUCUUACACCAAGAGGUCGAUUCGACAUUGACAUGUAUGAAAGCUCUUUCAGAUUACGUGGCAAAACAUACGACUAUAAAAUCCAGUACCAGUCGAUCAAGAAGUUCUUCCUCUUACCGAAGAACGAUGAUACCCAUACGCUGAUUACCCUCGGCUUGGAUCCUCCACUCCGACAGGGCCAAACGCGAUAUCCAUUCCUAGUUAUGCAGUUGAAACUUGAUGACGAGAUUAGCAUCGACCUGAAUAUGACUGAUGAAUUACUUCAAACCCGCUACAAAGACAAGUUAGAGGCCCAUUAUGAAGAACCCAUUCAUCAGGUCGUAACGAAAGUAUUUCGCGGUCUUUCCGGGAAAAAGGUCGUGAUGCCUUCCAGGGAUUUCGUCAGUCACCAUGGACAUUCUGGCGUCAAAUGCUCUAUCAAAGCAAACGAAGGCCUUCUGUUCUGUUUAGACAAAAGUUUCAUGUUUGUUCCCAAACCCGCGACGUACGUGCAAAUCGAGAAUAUAUCCGUGAUCACCAUGUCUCGUGUCGGCGGUGCCAUAUCUGCUAGCAGAACAUUCGAUAUCACGAUGACGCUUAAAGGGGGGAUGGGAGAACAUCAGUUCAGCAACAUAAAUCGGUAUAAGCAUUCCACAACUCAAGCUCCCGUUUUUGAAGAAUUUUUCAAGGCGAAGAAUAUAAGAUUUAAGAACGAGAUGGCCGAUGAUUCAUCUGCGCUUAUUGCUGCAGCUCUGGAUAACGACGAAGGCUCCAGUGAUGAAGAUGUGGCCGUCGGCAAUGAUCGUGGUUCCGCCGACGAAGACGAAGAAUCUGUAGAUGAAGACUUCCAAGCAGAGUCCGAAUCCGAUGUUGCGGAAGAAUAUGACUCUGCGCAUGAAAGCAGUGGCAGCGGAAGUGAUGUUGACAUGGAUGAUGUGGAUGAUAGUAAGGACGCUGCGGCUGAUGACGAUGAAGACGAAAGACCAAAGAAGAAGACCAAGGUCGCGAAAUGA